CAUCAUUGUAUGUCCAACUGGACAAUGGUAGAUAAUUUUGUUUGUUGUUGAGGGAAAUAUCAAGAAUACAGACAUACACAUAUAUACCUAUACCUAUCUAUGCUUAUUUAUGCACAAUUUUGAUCAUGUUUUUAAAAUGGUUAUAGUGAUCCCAUCGAUCUAGAAUGCAUAUGUCCUUGGAAAAGUGAUGACUAUAGUUAGUGUGAAUCUGUAAUGCGACUUAAUCGUCCAACAUUUGUUAUACAACGUUGUGAACCAACUGAACUUUAUCUGGAUGACAUAGCAGGGUGCUUAACAGCAUCUGACGCAAGUAUUCGUGGAGACCUUGAUGGUAUUGCGUUAAAUCUUUUAUCUACUGGUAAUAUACCUCCCUCUUCAAAUUCUCAUGAAUCUCCUAACUAUGAUCAUAUAUUAAAUAAUGACAGUAAAGAUAAUUAUAAUUAUAUACAACCAAAAGUUGGUGGAUAUACUGAACUGCUAAGUUUAACUCAUUCGUUUGGUACUAUUUAUUUGGGUGAAACAUUCUCGGCACAUAUAAAUUUACAUAAUGAAAGUAAUCAAAUUUGUUACAAUGUUGAAUUAAAAGUUGCUCUUCACAACCGUAUCGAAUCGAUCACUUUACCGAUAUUCACUUCUUUAAGUGGUCAAUCUAAUAGUACUGUUGCUUCACGUAAUUCUUCAACAAAUUCAGAAUCAUCAAAUACUCAUACAACUCCAGGUCUGUGUAAUAAUGCUGGUGAAAUCAAUACUAAGGAUAGUAUUUUUGAUUUACAACCAGGACAAUCAUUGAAUGCGAUUAUCAGUCAUGAAUUGAAAGAAUUAGGGGCUCAUAACCUACGAUGUACUGUCUCAUAUUUUCAAACUAGUUCUCACGGUAAAUCAGAAAGUUCAUCGCAUGUGGUAGCAUAUGAAUCUCCACGGUUAACAUCAGGUGUUUCAUCUCGUGAUACUAUUAGUAAACGUGAACCAAUUACAUUUCAACGCAUAUAUAAGUUUAUGGUCAACAAACCUUUGGAUGUUCGAAAGAAAUUUUCAAUAGUUGAUAUUGAUCAUAGUGUACUUAUGGAGACACAAAUUCAAAAUCUUACUGUAACACCAAUUAUACUUGAACGUGUUUUAUUCGAAUCAAAUCCUCAAUUCAGUGUGAUUGAUUUAAAUAAUUUACAGUUUGGUAAAAAAUCUCAUUCUAACACUCCAACGUAUUAUUUACAACCGAAUGAUGUGCAACAAUUUUUAUACCGUUUAAUACCAACAACAAUCAAUUCAUCGCCUUUAUUAAAUCUAUCAUCUACCAAUUCAUCAAUACCAACUUCAACUGUGCCUGAUCCAAUUCCAGUUUCUUCCACAACUACCCGUCAAGUGUCAAUAUCAGCUGGACGUCUAGACAUUACAUGGAGAUCACUUAUGGGUGAAAGAGGACGCUUACAAACAAGUUCUUUAAAAUACGAACUUCCUACUUUUGGUGAUAUUCAAUUGAGGGUUUUAACUAUUCCAUCCACUGUGACAACAGAACAACCAUUCACAUUAAAGUUUGAAUUAACUAAUUGCAGGUAGAUCACAUACUUUAUUAUUUUGAAUAGUAGUUUAACUCUUGUCAAUUAUAACUACUGAAGAUGAUAAGAACGUUAAUGAUAUGAAAUGUUAUUUAUUGAUUGAUUAUAUCAACUGGUGUUUACCGGGAUUAUUUACUUCAUGUAACUAUAUACAACUAUUAUUCAUUCUCUUUCCGGUUAGUUAUAAAAUUACUUUGAUAGACGUUAACUAAUCGAUCUAAAAUACGUUGACUCUAUAUACAUAAAUAUGCCUUUAUGUAAAUAUCCAUUCAAAGCGGGCUAAUGAAUAAGAGCCUCUAAUAAUAAGGGUGAUCAUUGAAAGGAGGAAUAACAUUUUUACUCAUGUGAAAUAUAUCUAGUUUUCUCUUUGUUCCUUUACUCUAUGAUUAACGCCAAAAAAAGUAAUUUACUAAACCCUUUGAUGAAGAGUCUACUUGUAAUAAAUACUGUAAUUGUCCCAAUUUAGUAUUAAAUUAUUUUGUUUUUUUUUCAUUACUUUAGUCAUGUUAUGUCUUGUAUGUAUAUUUCGAACAGCCAGGGGAUCGUCUUUUUAGGGGGAUAUUUCGAGUCCAGUGGAACUUAAUGCACUUUUAUUGUAUAGAUUGUUGACAUCUAAGAUUAUAACAGUCAAAUGCUUAAGAUAAUCAAUUUUUGGACCGAUUUCUAAACUGUCGUUAAUUUUUCCCAACUGAACUCUGAAAUGAAACAAAAACGUGGAAAUUUGAAGAAAAAAAAGAAUAAAAGGUUUACUUCCAAAAUCAAUACAAUGACAGCAAACAAAGUAUCAUAUGAUUCAUCUUGUAUUGAUUGUUUGGAUCGUCCCAUUGAUGUUUAAGACUGCAGUUGAUCAGUUUCUUAUUGAUAUAUGUGCAUAUUGUGCAGAUCGAUACGAUAUUGCAUUAAGUCACAAGUAUUGUUAGCAGCAGAGAUACAUGUUGAUUAGUUAUGGAAUUCAGGACUCAUGUUUCGCCCUAUCCGUGACUCAUCAACUGAAGCAUUCAUGUAAAAAUUGAAAUUUACCUGAAAAGACACUGAUUGAAGUGAAAUUAUUUUAGGCACUGUACACCACUCCCUUGCUCUAAUAUAUUAUUGAUAUGUAGAUGAAAUUUUCUCAGAAUCCAUGAAUUAUUCAGUAUGUAUUACCAAGAUUGGCUUUUCUGAAAAUUACUUUUAAGAGAUUACAAUUGUUAUAUAUCACUAUCUAAGUGUAUUGAUCAUGAAAUAAUGCAGUGAUUAUAUGAUGUUGAACUAUUAUGUUUUUUCUACUUAUGACGUAAACGUUUCUAAUACAAUCGAACGAACUUACCACACAUGAAAUAUAGAACAUGUAAUAAUGUUAUGAAAUAAGAGGGGAAAAUGUCAUCUAACCAAUAGAGGUAGGUAAGGAAGGAUACUUACUUACUUACCUACGCCUGUUACUCCCAAUGGAGCAUAGGCCGCUGACCAGCAUUCUCCAACCCACUCUGUCCUGGGCCUUCUUUCCUAAUUCCAUCCAAAUUUUGUUCAUUCUCAUGUGUAUCUCCAUUUCCCGGCGUAAUGUGUUCUUUGGUCUUCCUCUUUUCCUUUGGCCUUGAGGAUUCCACGUGAGGGCUUGUCUUGUGACGCAGUUGGGUGCUUUCCUCAAUGUGUGUAUUAUCCACUCCCAGCGCUUCUUCCUAAUUCCUUCCUCCUCUGGGAUCUGGUUUGUUCUCUCCCACAGUACGUUGUUGCUAAUUGUGUCCGGCCAACGAAUCUGAAGUAUUUUGCGUAGACAAUUGUUAAUAAACAUCUGUAUUUUCUGGAUGAUGGCUUUGGUAGUUCUCCAGGUUUCUGCCCCAUACAGUGGAACUGUCUUGACAUUUGUAAGGAAGGAUAGUGUUUAGUAAAUAAAAUGCAUUUGGAAGAAAGAGGAUGAACAAUAUUCAAAGUAAUUAAUAAAUCAAAAAGUUGGUACGUUGCGUAAUAUAAGAAACAAAGAAGGAACAGAAUUUUAACGGAUAGUCAAUAGGAGAAGUUAUAAAGUUCAACCGCAAUAGAAACAAAAUUACAAAAAUUUAAAAAAAAAGUGGAAGAAGUAUGAAAAAUAGUUCUUAUGACGGAAAUCUUAUACUGAAGGCCAGGACAGAGAAAGUGGUUGUACGAAUUUCUUUUGGAUGCAAAAAGGUCAGGUUUGUGAACAUGGAUUGCGAUGGCUUCCGCAAUGUGCAAAAGGCGCA